AUGGACAGCCAAGAGUCUUCGUCGAACUUAUUUCAAACACAGAAUGAUCCUGCGACGAAGCCAACUGGACCUGCGUCCAACACUUCACGAAUACAUGCGCUUCGCUCGAAGGUUCGCUGUGUGAAGACCCGGGUUUUCUCGACUCUAUACGACUAUCUACGGUGUAUACCUUUUUGUUCAAGGGAUAAGUAUGUUAUACGAGGAAAAGGUUUUCCGUAUGCUCGACUUGACGAACAACGGGCUCGCUGUGACAUCGUGACAGCACUUCGCUGGGUUGACUUAGACGCGUGUAUACAUAAACAAGAUCACGGUGCGGUUGCUGCUGCCGCUGUAGUUGACAGUCUCGUCAGCGAGGGUCGGCUCUUUACGUUAGAUGUUCUUGACAAAGAAUGCCAGCCGUUGCGGAUGGUCCGGGGGCGGUACUUGGGAAUAGGGGGGAACGGCAUUGUUUUCGAGGCUUCGAUUGCGCAACCUGGAGAGUUGGAUCCGUUGGCCCUCAAAUUGUUGUUCCUCGACCGCAACUUCCUGGAAGGCUCGCAUUCGGACAUUUCGAAAGCCCUCGCGGUCAGCAAGCACAUGGAAAUGCGGAUUCGUUUGCUCCUUCGAUCGUAUACGUCGGCUGAACUGUACGUCCGCGACAGGUUUGCCGUACCUCUUUAUUGCGGACGAAUACGAGGACUUCCUGAUCUCUUCGAUGUUGGCAGCAGGGGCGCUGGCUGCGGCAUUGUGAUUCUUUAUAAGAAGCUAUGCUGUAGCCUGGCUGACGUCAUAUCGACGUGCUCUAGCCUAUCUCACCAAGCAAGGUUGUUUCUGACUAAGCAGAUGAUUGCGGUUGUGCACAACUUGCACUGCAAGGGCCUCGUGCACCGAGAUAUUAAAGACUCGAACUUUUUUCUCGAUGACCGGGGUACCAUUUACCUCGGAGAUUUCGGCCUUACUGUUCCUAACGGGAGCACAGAAGCCCUUGUUUACACGCCCAAGCUGACUGAUCCUUCAGACGUCGGAAUCAUACUGGAAGGCUGGGACAGAAGGCGAACCGUUUUGGCUCAAGUCACGGAGGAGGCUGACUUAUGGGCUUUAGGUAUGACACUGUACAAGCUAUGGACCGGCGUCUACCCUUUCGGUCUUUCCUCGAAGCACUUUCGUAGGACAAAGGAUGUCGCAAUGUACAUUCAACAGUUGAGCGAGAACAAAUCAUCAUGGUCUGGUCUCUUUCGCCGGCGCCGAGAGGUGGGUGGCCAGCCGGUGGACCCCGAAGUUCAGAGGAUCAUCAAGGGUCUCCUUUGUUUCGACAAAUCCAAAAGACUGCGUUUAAGCGAGAUUGUACAGUCCUCGCCGUUGCUUUCUUGA